AUGGGAAAGAAACCGAAACCUCAAGUAAUGGGAAAGAAAGACAAACAAGCAUCAAAAGCAUCAACAGAGGAACUUCUAACAACACUUGGAGACUUCACUAGCAAAGAAAACUGGGAUAAAUUCUUCACAAUCAGAGGCACUGAUGACUCCUUCGAGUGGUACGCGGAGUGGACUGAGCUCCACCGUCCCCUCCUCUCUCUUCUCGCCGGAAAUGACGAAAAUUCUUCUUCUCCAGCGCUGCAAAUUCUGGUGCCGGGUUGCGGGAAUUCGAAGUUGUCAGAGAAUUUGUAUGAUGCAGGGUUUAAGGAGAUAACGAAUAUUGAUUUUUCGAAAGUUGUGAUUUCUGAUAUGUUGAGAAGGAAUGUGAGGGAUCGGCCUGGUAUGCGGUGGCGUGUCAUGGACAUGACUCAAAUGCAGUUGGCAGAGGAGAGCUUUGAUGUUGUUCUUGAUAAAGGAGGAUUGGAUGCUUUGAUGGAGCCAGAGCUUGGGCCGAAGUUGGGAAACCAGUAUUUAUCAGAGGUUAAAAGAGUGUUGAAAUUUGAAGGGAAGUUUAUUUGCCUAACGCUUGCAGAAUCUCAUGUUCUAGCUUUGCUUUUCUCUAAGUUCCGGUUUGGGUGGAAAAUUAGUGUUCAGGCUAUGCCACAGAAACUGUCGAGUAAGCCUGCCCUUCGUACUUUUAUGGUUGUUGCUGAGAAAGAGAAUUCUAGUGCUUUGCACUCGAUCAUGGCAUUGUACGAUCACUCUUCUCUUGAUUGUAUUGGAAAUCAGGCUUUUGGUCUACAUGAAGCCCUUGAAAAUGAGAAUCAAAUUCGUAAAGCAUAUUCUGGUGGUUCUGAUAUAUUGUACUCUCUUGAAGAUCUUCAAAUUGGAGCUAAAGGGGACUUGUCAAAGCUUAGCCUAGGCCGUCGUUUUCAGGUUACUUUGGGUGGGAAUUGUGACUCCAAUUUUAGUUACAAAGCUGUAGUUCUUGAUGCCAAGGAAAGCUCCGGCCAAUUCACUUAUAAUUGUGGGGUUUUCAUUGUGCCGAAGACUCGAGCUCAUGAGUGGCUCUUCUCUUCGGAAGAAGGACAAUGGCUGGUCGUUGAAAGCUCAAAGGCAGCUCGUUUAAUAAUGAUUAUAAUGGAUAGUAGUCACACUAAUGCCAGCAUGGAAGAUAUUCAGGAGGAUUUAUCUCCUCUGGUUAAACAGUUGGCACCUGGAAAAGAUGACAAUUCAGCACAAAUUCCUUUCAUGAUGGCAGGUGAUGGAAUCAAAGAACGAAAAACUGUGCAUAAGGUUCACAACUCUCUUGUACUGUUAUUUCAUUUUCUAUGUGGUCAUGAUGAUGGCAUUUGUAGUCGAAAGAGAGGUGGCAGAGCUGUGUCUGCAUACUUAGAGAAAAGGAGUUUUUAUUACGGAAUGGUUUUAGGUUCUUCAAGGAGAAGGGGUGGGAGAGCUGGUGGUGGAGGUAUGCCUAUUGGGCUAGAGAGAGAAAAGAGAUCUCUAGAGAGAACAGGGGUGGUUACAUCUUCAUUAACUGGGUCAAUAAUUGUUGAAGAUGUGGUUUAUGAAAAUGUUGCUGAUGAUGUCAGUCGUCCUUUUCCAUCUAGUGAUUUGGUAUUCCGCCGCCUUGUUUUCCAAAGAGCAGAGGGUCUGGUUCAGUCUGAAGCUCUUCUUACAAGAGAUGAAUCUUCUCAUAAAAUUGUUGAAGAGAAGAAGAAAACUAGUUCUUCCAAAUCGAAGAAAAAAGGAAGCCAAAAACGGAAUGAUGCAUCAAGCAAGCAACUGAAGGUAUAUCAUGAUUACAUGGCCAGUUCUUAUCAUAUGGGAAUCAUUUCUGGCUUUAUGUUGAUGUCUUCUUAUUUGGAAAGUGUGGAAUCGGCUGGAAAAACAGUUAAUGCUGUUGUCAUUGGUCUUGGAGCAGGCUUACUUCCCAUGUUUCUCCAUGGAUGCAUGCCUUUUUUGCACAUCGAGGUGGUGGAGUUGGAUGCUGUGGUACUUAGUCUUGCAAGGGAUUACUUUGGUUUUGCAGAAGAUGAAUGUUUGAAGGUACAUAUUGCUGAUGGGAUUAGGUUUAUUAGAGAGGUAAAAAAUUUCGCUGCGGCUGAUGGAGUGCCUGCCAUUCAUGGAAAUGAGGAUGCUUCUGGAAGUACAAGGCCUUCUCCUAAUGAAAGUUGCACUGUGUCUUACACAGAAGGCAGAGGAAGACCUAGUGUCGACAUACUUAUUAUUGACGUGGACUCUUCAGACUCGAGCUCUGGAAUGACCUGCCCAGCUGCAGAUUUUGUGGAAGAAUCUUUUCUUUUGACUGUAAAAGAUACCCUUUCUGAGCAAGGUCUCUUCAUUGUCAAUUUGGUAUCAAGGUCCCCGGCUGUUAAAGAUAUGAUUAUUUCAAGGAUGAAAGCGGACCGUUCUAGAGUAGAGAAGAAUAGUUUUAGCCAACCUUAUCUGGGUAAGUUAGUUUAUAACAGUAUAAUAAAUUUGCUGUUGUCUGAGUCAUAUCUUGCUAUUCAUCUUCAGGUCUUCAACCACCUGUUUAGCCUUCAGCUUGAGGAAGAUGUCAACAUGGUUCUUUUUGGUCUUUGUUCGGAAGUUUGCACGACGGAGGAUUGCUUCCCGGAGGCUGCCUGCCAGUUUGACAAACUGUUGAAGUUCAAACACCCGGAAAUAGGCCAAAACAUUAUAGAUUCAACAAAGAAGAUCAGAUGUUUAAAAUGA